GGCUCACUUAAUUAAGGUUUUGUUAAGCAUGUAAUUAACGGAAAAGUUGACCCAGAUUAAAGCGCAGACUGAUAAGGACGAUACGGUAACUUAGUGCGCGAGACCUUGAUAUUUGAAGUAAUUAGAGUGCUUCCUCAUUUAUCGUUAUGCAAUCGUCAACAAGUUUUUGUCGCGGGCCAUGAACUGAAAAUAACAGUCGUUCUCGAUGACCAGAAGGAAUUUUCCUUCCCAGUAGUAUGCUCGACGAAGCGUGAAUUAUGUGAAUCAAAGUGCAAUAAACUCGCAAUAUUCAAUUUUUAGGGUACAAUUUGAAAUGAGCGGUGACGUCUGUCAACACCAUCAGCAGGCGAAAACGCAAUCUACACCACUUCAGUCGAAGAUCCCUAUUUCGUCGCCGUCGCAAUGUGGCACUCCACGGACGCGCGUCCGUCUAGGUGGCGAAAGCGUUAGUAAAACCGUUCCGAAAGCGCUGCAGAGAGGUCACUCUUUUAUGGAAAGCGGCGAAAAAAAUCGCAGUUCACAUGGUUUGCGCCCUUCUGGAGUGGCACCAAGGCCACAAAGCAUCAAAACGGAGCCGCGCAAUUCGGUGGCCCUAAAUAGGGCCACCGGGGUCGCUCCCCAUACACCAACCCGCAUGAGAAGCUUGUCACUUUCAAUAUCGAACGCACGAGUAACUUCACCAAAGUCUUCACAACCUUCAGUUCCAUUCUUACCAAAGACACCCCCGUCAUCACCAAACGACCACAACCGAUUCUGCCGAGACUGGGAUUUAGACAGUCUCACCAGCUCGAUCAGCUGUCUAAGUGUGGCCUCCUGUGACCAUGCCAGUGUCGCUCAUAAUGGCACAACAUACUCUGGCCGAAGCAAAAAGUAUGUGGUGCACUGCUCCGAGCACUCGGGUGCGACCGGCGGUGAUUACCUAACACCCACUCAGAGAGCCCAUCGACAAAUCAAACGUCUCAAACAACUCCUUCAUCAGACACAAAAGGAUCUCGAUCUAAAAGACACCGACAUACUAAAGCUAACGAAGGAAGUCGUCGAGUUACGUUUAUAUAAGGCAGCUUUGCAUUCCCCCGAAGACAAAUCAAACUCCUCCAGCGACGGUGUCACAGUCCGAGAGAUCGAGACUGACGGCAGUCGACUCCAUGCGGUCAUCGAGAAAGGUAGUUCCUGUGCAGAUUCCGGCCAUUACGAGGACUUGUGCAACUCCUCUGUCCAUUCCAAAGAGUCAGUGAUAGAUGAACACGUUUCGCCUUACAAAGUAAAGACAACUGCCGACGUAGGAAUAUCCGUAGAUUUAGGUCCGAGGGACGUCCAGUCCGAACACCAAAGAUUAGUUGUAGAGUAUGAACGUCGACUGCAAGAGCUCGUGCGUAACCACGAAGAGGAGUGCCACCAAAUGAAACGGAAGCACAAUGACAAGGUGGAUGAGUUGUUGCAGAGGUUAAGUGACGUGAAUGCAAGGUAUUGGGAGUUGGUGCCCGAUUUAGAUUCAGCUAAGCAGCACAUUAAGGAAUUAGAGCAGCAACUGGAGGAUGCCUGUAAAAAAUUAGAGGAAGAAGAGAAGAAACACAAGGAGAGCUAUUUGCAAAUGUACAAUAAAGGGCAAGAGGCGGCCAAAUUUGAACACGUUCGACAGGUAAAUGCCUACAUAAUGUUGAAGUUUCUUAUCUUGUGUUGCAUUCAGAUUUCAAUGACAGCUGAAGGUAAUACUCGAGUUUCCGUUCCGGAACUAUUACAUCAAUUGGAGGAGACGCAGAAUGAAUUGGAGAAAGUUAAAGAUAUAGAAUACGCAUCAUCAUCUAACAGUUCACAACCUCUGUUAAGUGCAAAAGAGGCUGUCUCCUUAUGGGUACUCGGUGCUAGAAAGGCGAUGUACCGGCAGCUACUCGAGGCGAGAAAUAAGAACAAGAUCGAUCCCGAAAUCACCCUUCAAUUCCUCAAGUCGGCAAUCUAUUAUUUUUUAACUGAUAAAGAGAACAAUCAAGGGCAUCUGCGAGCGAUUCAGAGUAUUUUAGGUUUUACGCCGAGUGAGAUUAGUACAAUAGACAAAGCUAGAAUGACGUAGUAAUUUAUUAAUUGGUGAUAAUUAUGGCGCUUUCGUGAUAGUCACGCAUGCUAAUUUGCACAUAGUAGGUAUAUAUUUUUUUAGGUGCACGCAAAGGGUACGCGGAAAAGAAACUAUGUUUACGUUCUAUUUUGAUGUUAGAUCUUUUUUAUAUAAACGGAAUGGUCGGU